AUGGAAGGCUUUUCAGUUUGUUUGUCGAUCACUGGUUUACACAGAGAUGUUUUUGUAGCAGAUAUGCUUGUUUCCGGGAAAUGGCAAGUUCCAUCAUCUUGGCCUUCUGAGAUUUCUCUUUUUCUCGUCUGGAAACGGGUUGUGUUUCUCAUUGUCGGAAUCUGGGAGGAACUUCAUGAAGGAAAGAUGAGUUUGAUUGGAAGUGCAAAGGCAGAGAAGCUGGGGGAGAAGUGGAGUGCUUUGCAGGUUUAUGAAAUCAAAUUAUACCUAAAACGUGUUGAGUUUAUUCAGGAACAGACUAAAUUAGUGUUGGCUGAAAUGAAGUCUGAAAUUAUAUUUUUGUUCUAUAAAAUAACGUCUUUCAUUUCCAACUCUCUCAAAAUUGUUUCCGACCUAAUGGACUCAAAUGCUCCGACUCUGUUUUUCCGUCCUCAAUCAGAGUUUAAGGAUGAGAGCGAAAAUGGGGUUAGGGUUUUUGACACAAAUUUCUUGCAAAAACAAGCAAACGUGCCCACAGAGUUUAUUUGGCCACAUGGCGACUUAGUUCCAAAUCAAGAAGAUCAGCUCAAUGAACCCUUAGUCGAUUUAGAAGGGUACUUUAGAGGUGACGAGUCUGCAACUAUAUUUGCAGCCGAACUUAUCAGGAAGGCUUGUUUGAACCAUGGUUUCUUCCAAGUCACCCACCACGGUGUUGAUGCGGCUCUUAUUCAUGCGGCGCAGAAUCAAAUGGAUGGAUUUUUCAAACUUCCCAUUAAUGAGAAGCUCAGAGCUCGGAGGAACCCUGGUAGCAUGUGGGGAUAUUCGGGUGCCCAUGCUGAUCGUUAUUCAGAUAAGUUACCAUGGAAAGAGACGUUUUCUUUUGGCUACCAUGAGAAUGGAGCAAAAACAGUUGUGGUGGAUUACUUCAAAUCGGUUUUGGGUAAUGAUUUUGAAGGAGGAGGGUUGAUCUUUCAAAGCUACUGCAAAGCAAUGAAAGAACUGUCUCUGGUGAUUAUGGAACUCUUGGCAAUUAGUUUGGGAGUGGAGCGCUCAUACUAUCGUAAAUUCUUUGAAGAUGGUAGUUCAAUAAUGAGAUGCAACUUCUAUCCACCUUGCCAGGAACCGGGCCUCACCCUUGGAACUGGGCCUCAUUGUGAUCCGACUUCCUUAACGAUACUUCAUCAAGACGAAGUUGGGGGCCUUCAAGUAUUUGCAGACAACAAAUGGCAAGAUGUGAAGCCUCAGCCCAACGCCCUUGUGAUUAACAUUGGUGAUACAUUUGUGGCAUUAUCUAAUGGGAUAUACAAGAGUUGCCUGCAUAGGGCAGUGGUGAACAGGGAGAGAGAGAGGAGGUCACUGGUUUUCUUUGUGUGCCCGAAAGAAGACAAGGUGGUGAGACCCCCACAAGAUCUUGUUGAUAGAGAAGGGCCAAGGAAGUAUCCUGAUUUCACAUGGUCCGAGCUGUUUGAGUUCACACAAAAGCACUACCGAGCAGACGUAACAACACUCCAAUGCUUCAUUCGUUGGCUUCUAUCUUCCAAGUCCAACUAACAGCUAGUCUCUUGGAUGCUUUUGAUCAUAGCGUGUGUUGGCUUCUUAUGCUUGUUAUAUAUAUAUAUAUAUAUAUGCAAACCCUAUCUCCCUCUCAAGUUUAUGUGGCUAUCAUGUAACACGAGUAGCUAGUGAGUAGGUUUACUUUAUCAGCUACUGCUUUUUAGCACUGUACAUGCAAGCUUUCCGGUGUACCGUUCCGUUUGUCUGAAAAAUAAAUGUUCUGUAAUAUAGUUUUUCAUUCCCAGAAA